AUGGCAAAGGCAUUGCAGUUACCUGCACUUAAUCCCUUUGAUGUAAAUGGUGACCAGACAAGCGUUUCCCAAAGGUGGGAUAAGUGGAAGAAAACUUUUGAAUUUUACAUAACGGCGACAGGGAUUACGGAUAAAGCACAAAAAGGGCUUUGUUUUCUACAUUCCGCGGGAAGUGAAGUCCAAGAAAUAUUUGAUACCCUUGGGGAGUCUGGAGAUGACUUGGACGGUGCCAAAAAGAAGUUAGAUGAGUACUUCCAACCAAAACGGAACAUAGCAUUUGAGCGCCAUUUGUUCAGGAAUGCAGCACAAGGUGAAACAGAAAAAAUUGACAGUUUUGUGACUAGGCUGCGCAAACUGGCCGUAACGUGUGAAUUUGAGAAGCCAGACGACAACAUUCGCGAUCAAAUCGUUGAAAAGUGUAGAUCGUCAAAAUUAAGAAAAAGACUCCUAAAGGAAAAGGAAUUAACUUUAAAAAACGCAAUGGACAUAGCCCGAGCUGGCGAAAUCGUAAACGAGCAAGCGGACAGAUUCAAGGGAAGCAUUAGACCAGGCAAGGACUGCAGUACAAAGCAUGUUCAUUUAGUGCAGAGGAAGUCCUCAGAUGACGAGUCCGCAUUUGCUGUCUGCAAAAACGAUACAAAUGGCAUGUUAGACGUUAGCGUGGGCGGAGCUAAGAUAAAGAUGCUAAUUGACUCUGGCGCGAGCUGUAACAUCGUUAACCACAAUGUAUGGAGCGCCGUUAAAGCAAACGAUGAAACAAUGUCUCUAUCGAGAAGCACAAAAAGAUUGUUUUCUUACGGAUCAAAGGAACCAUUACAAAUACUAGGAACAUUUCGGGCUGUCACCAAGCAUGGACUCCGUGAAACAUAUGCAGAGUUUGCAGUCGUUGAGGGCGAUUAUAUUUCCUUACUAGGAAAAGACACAGCGAUAGAACUAGGAGUUCUACGCAUAGGAACCGAUGAGCCGGACCUAUGCUCCGUUAGAAGUGAACUUGAUAGGAUUGUUGCCUCAAGAAAUUCUGUUUUCGACGGAGUAGGGAAACUCGGAAAUUUUCAACUAAAAAUUCAUGUCGACAAGACCGUGACCCCUGUAGCACAACCGUUACGACGCUUACCAUUUAAUGUGAGGAAAAGCGUUAACAAAAAGCUCGAGGAACUAGAAAAGAUGGACACAAUUGAGAAGGUAAACAGCCCCACGGCCUGGGUGUCGCCACUUGUCAUUGUGCCUAAGAAAAAGGAAAUUCGAAUAUGUGUCGAUAUGAGACGGGUCAACACUGCUGUUCAACGCGAGCGAUACCCGAUCCCGACUGUGGAUGAAAUGCUAGAGGAUAUGAACGGCAGCACAGUGUUCUCAAAACUUGAUUUACGUUGGGGAUACCACCAAAUAGAGUUAGACAAGGAAUCAAGAGAGAUAACCACGUUUGUGACACAUGAGGGCCUUUACCGCUAUAAGCGCCUCAUGUUCGGAAUUUCCUCAGCAUCUGAGAUCUACCAAAGAGUAAUUGGACAAGUCAUUCAAGGUAUCAAAGGAGUAAGGAAUUUGUCUGAUGACAUCAUAGUUUACGGGACGGACCAGGCAGACCAUAACAAGAAACUUACGAAGGUGCUCGACAGACUAGCUGAGAAAGGGCUUACCCUUAACAGAGAAAAAUGCGAAUUCGGUCUCUCAAGAAUUGUAUUCCUCGGACAUGUGAUUUCAUCAGAGGGGGUUAAACCUGGCCAGGAAAAGAUCAAAGCAGUAUCGGAGACCAGGACGCCGAGCAACAGUUCCGAAAUAAGGAGCUUCCUGGGGCUAGCAAACUACUGCGGCCGUUUUAUACCAAAUUUUUCAACGAUAGCUGCCCCGUUACGAGAGCUUUCAAGGAAGAACACGCACUGGAGUUGGACGAACAGACACCAGGAUGCGUUUGACAUGCUAAAAAGAGCGCUCGUAAGUGCCGAAGCACUAGCAUACUACAAUCCAAAAGCCGAGACAAGGAUAAUCGUGGAUGCGAGUCCCGUUGGACUUGGGGCCAUUCUAGCACAUAAACAACCGGACGGAUUGUUUAAACCAAUUGCAUAUUCAAGUCGAACUCUAACCGACGUUGAGCAAAGAUACUUGCAGACUGAGCGCGAGGCUUUAGGUGUCGUGUUUGGUUGUGAAAAGUUUCACAUGUAUAUAUACGGGCUUGAGUUCGAAAUCUGGACGGAUCAUAAGCCGUUGACCUACAUAUUCUCUCCAAAGUCGAAACCACCAGCUAGAAUCGAGCGAUGGAUGUUGCGACUUCAACCGUAUAAGUAUAAGAUUGUCUAUAUACCUGGACCAAAGAAUGCUGCUGAUGCUCUAUCCAGAUUGAAUCAGAAUCAGGCUUGCCGAAUACACCACAUUGCAGACGAGUAUGCGCAUUUCAUUGCAGAUAAUGCUGUACCGAAAGCACUCACUAUUGAAGAAGUUCGUCAGAAAACGUCGGAGGACCGAGAACUCGUCGGAAUUAUGAGGAGGAUCGAAACAGGACAUGGCCGAUUGGAUCCUAAAAUUCGUACUGUGGAAGCGGAACUUUCAGUCGUCGACGGAAUAGUAUUACGUGGAUCGCGCAUCAUACUGCCUAAGUGCCUGAGGAGACAAACAAUACAGUUGGCCCACGAAGGACACCAGGGCAUUGUCCGCACGAAACAAAGAUUAAGAGAAAAGGUAUGGUGGCCAGGCAUAGAUACAGAAGCCGAGCGAUUUGUUAGAACAUGUCAACAAUGCCAACUUUUAUCGAACAACAAUAGGCCCGAACCAGUUCGAACAACGGUAUUACCCGACGGGCCAUGGCAGGAUCUGGCUAUAGAUCUUAUGGGACCGUUUCCUUCUGGGGAAUAUCUACUAGUCGUUAUAGACUAUUUUUCCCGAUUUCAAGAAGUAGCCAUUAUGAAAAAGAUAACCAGUGAGAAGAUCAUUCUUCAACUUGAGAGUAUGUUCGCGAGGCACGGCUUACCUUACAGCAUGCGAAGCGACAACGGACCACAGUUUGUGUCAGAAGAGUUUAAGGGAUACCUGAAUUCAAAUGGUAUCAAACACAUUCGGACUACACCAUACUGGCCACAAGGAAAUGGGGAGGUAGAAAGGCAAAACCGAACACUACUCAAAGCCAUUAAAGCUGCAAACGCAGAAGAGAUCAGUGCAAGAAUCGGUCGCAAAGAAGUAAGAGAAACUGACGAAAGACGGAAAGAGGAUUUUAAAAUAAGAGCGGAUGAGAAGCGCCGUGCCGUACCUUGUGAAAUUGAGAUCGGUGACACUGUUGUACAACGUCAGGCUAAGCGCGAUAAGUUAUCAACCGAGUUCGCGCCUGAGAAGUUCAUCGUGAGGGAGAAAUGCAAAAAUGCAGCGACUCUCGAGGAUGAAAAUGGAUCGUUGAUUAAGCGAAACUGCACGGCUAUAAAGAAAUUUAUAUCGAGCGACGAAAACGAAACAGAAUCGCAUGACCCUAAAAUUAGCGCAGACGAAACAGGAGACGAAUCUGAUAAAGACCGUUCUGUCACAGAUACCGGAAGACCAACCCGGGAACGUAAACCACCCGCCUAUCUAAAAGACUAUGUGACCACCUGA